AUGGCGGUAUCUCUUAUUGACAAUGUGGGGCCCCGACUCUGUUUUCGAGAUUCCGCCUCCGCCACGCGUGGCCCCGCCCCCUCCACAUCUGGCCCCGCCUCCUAUGUUCGUGGCUCCGCCCCCCCGGGGGUGGAAGGUCGGUUUGUAUCGGAGGCUGGAGAGGCCGCGGCUGUCCCGAGUCGGGCGGAGGUUGAGAGCCGGGAGCCGGGAGCCGGGAGGCGGGAGCGCGGCCUCCAGGCCCGUGAUUCCCGGGAGAUGCUUCAGUCCAGAUCGUUCAAACUCCAGAGCCCGGACCGGGACCGAGUGUAUUCUUCCUAUGAGAUGAGUGAGCGGCUGGUGGCAGUGAGGUUACUAACUGGGGAAAAGGUUAAAGGCGAGGCCAUGAGUGUGAGAAAAUGGACCUUGUACAACCAGCUGCGCAAAUCCAUCACCGGGAAGCUGCUCUGCACUAAUUUCCGAGUCGUUUUCAUCCCAGUGGAGACCGGAAUCCCCCAGGCCCCCAGUGAUGGCAGCCUGCUGCUCGGAGCUGAUGAUGUUGCCUUGUCUUGUAUUGACCGUGUUGUGGCAGUGACCAGCUCACGGAUGAAGGCUCUUACAACCACCUCCAGCCUGAAAUUCCAGCCACAAGAACUCCUGAUUUACUGCAAGGAUUUCCGCCUCUUACACUUUCAGUUUGAGCAUGAGUCCCACGCUUGCGAGGUCAUCCCCCUGAUUGCUCAGAGCUGUCAACCAGUGUGUCCUUGGGAAUUAUUUGUGUUUGAGUAUUCUAUGGAAAUGUCAAACAACUUGGAUCCCAGGCGGGUGGACACAAAUCCUGAUGGGGUUUAUCCAACACGAAUGUUUGAGACACACUUGGACUGGGAAAUUGAGCUCGCACGGACGGGUGCGCUGGGCUGGCGUGUUAGCCUAGCCAACGAGCGCUUUGAGGUGUCAGCCAGCCUUUCGAAGUCCCUUGUGGUCCCACGGAAGAUUUUAGACCUGGAUGUUAAGAAAGCCGGCGCAUAUUUCAAUGAGGGGCGAAUUCCGCGGUGGCAUUGGCACCAUAGGGGCAGCGACCUGCUGAGAAUGGGCAGCUUCCAGAGCAACGCAUGUGCACAGAGAGAUGGGUUAAGGUAGGAGCUGGCUGAUCG